UCGUGUUUGGUGGACGGGGUUGGCCGUGAGCUGUGGUGAAGUGCACUGUCGUCGUGCAUGCGUCGGACUAUCGAGAACGCCUGAACGCUGCUUGAAGAUGGCAGAGACAGGAAACAACACUAGUUUCGACAACCGUCCCCGGAGGACAGCAAAUGCCAAGCAGAUUAGAUGCUGAUUGCUUCAUUCAUACAUUACGAGACGAGACCUGCUUAACAUCACUGGCACUCUUACAAUUGAAGGCGACUUUCGACAACUUCCCCCAGCAGUCGUCAUCGCAGCAAUCCGUCGCCAAGAGGUCCUGAGGGCGUGGUGGACGGGGAGGCGGGAAGAUGGCACACCGCCGACGGAAUUCGACGGGGGGUAUGGUUGGGAAAGAGGGGGGGGAGGGUGGUGGUGGGAGGAGAAGGCACAGCAUGUCUGGCAUGGCAAUGCGACAGGAAGAUAUGGAUGACGAUAUGGACGAGUUUAUGAAACAGAAAGACAAGGUCCAAUUAGCGACGGCCGACGAAUUGGACGAGACGGAGGAGGAAGAGGAUACCGUGAUGGACAUCAAGGAUGCGUCCGAUGUUGAUGAUGACGACGACGAGGAUGACGACGAAGAUGAUGACGAGGAGGAGGAAGAGAAGGGGGGUGAACGUGGAAAGGGAUCGGGGAGUAGUCUAAUGAUCGGUAAGAUGAUCAAAGGAAAAGGCGAAGAAGCUAGUGACGAGGAUGAUGACGAGGAAGCAGAGGAGGACGAUGAGGAGAUUGGCGGUCUUGUUGCGAAGAUGGCAAAGCAGGCUGCGUACAUGAAGCGGAAGACGGCCUUGAUGGAAGCUCAAGGCGAUGAUGAGGACGAAGACGAGGGGAAGGAUGACGAAGACGAGGACAAAAGGUGGGGGAAACGCAAACGCCAGUAUUACAAUGCAGAUAAUGUGGAUUACGAGUUGACUGAUGAUGAAGACGCUCCUGCGGAGGAAGAAGCGGAGGUUCUUCGGCUGCAACGUAAGAUGGCGGCAAAGCUGAGAGCAGAGGACUACGGGCAAGCCGACGAGGAGGAGGAGGAGCAGGAAGAACGGGAGGAAACGUUAGAGGAGGCGGUGAAGAGGAGGGAGAUGGAGAAGAAGGGGAUGCCUGGUAAGCAGCUGUCUGAAGAUGGCGAGAAGAAAUCGAAGAAGAAGGUGGACGACAAGAAGAAGAAGGAUGAAAGUGAUGUCAUGGCCUCAACGAACGGUGCGGUGGCGAUGGAGAAGGUCACGAAGGAUUUGAACAUGCUGACAGAGGAGGAGAAGAUGGCGGCGGUGAUGAGUGAUGCUCCAGAGCUGGUCGGUCUUCUCGCUGAGCUUCGCCAUGGCCUCGGGGAAGUCAAGAACACCGUCUUGCCUCUGCUUGAGCGGGUUAAGAGCAAGGACUCGCUGGUCACCUCCGAUGGUAUCAGCUAUCUAGAGGCGAAGCACCUUCUGUUGUUAGGCUAUUGCCAGAGCAUAGUUUUCUAUCUUCUACUGAAGUCCGAGGGAAGAAGCGUCCGCGAUCAUCCGGUGAUCCAACGGCUAGUGGAACAAAGAUUGUUUCUCGAGAAGAUUCGACCAAUAGAUAAGAAACUUCAGUACCAGUUAGACAAGCUGCUGCGUCAGGCUAGAGAGAAGGGUGACGGCCAAGAGGAGGGGGUGAGGAGGAGUGGCGAGGAUGCGGAUUCGGCGGCGGCGCCUGCCAAACGCAAAGACCUGCAAUUCAGACCUAAUCCCGACCUGCUGAUGUCGAAGCUUGACGGCGACGGCGAUGGCGGCGAUGGCUUGUAUCGUCCUCCGAUGAUGGUGCCUACAACGAUGUCGGAUGACGAGAGGGUUGGCAAGGACGCAAAGACGAAGGCGAGAGCAGAGGCGCUGGCGAAGAAGCGAGCGGCGCGCAGCGCAGUCAUCAAGGAACUUGCGGAGGAAAUUGAAGGACGGCCGGAAGAGGUCAGGCCGGUGAUCGGGACAGAGAGCCAAUGGGUGGCACGGGAGAAGGCCAGGCUGGAGGCCCGGGCCGCAGCGGAAGUCAGCAUGUUUACACGUGUGUCUAUGACUAGAGAGGAGAAGAAGAGGAUGAACGCCGCCAAGAAAGCGCUUCAAGGCGGGAUGAUGGGAAUGCUAGAUGACCUAAACGAUGACGUGGCAGGACUUGUAGACGCAGACGAUGAGGGAGGAGAGGCAGGAGGAGGAGGAGGAGGUGCAGGAGCUCUGGACGCGCUUCUUCGACGGAGAAAGCUCUCUCAAGCCAUCGACGACGCCUCGAGACAGCCAAAGAAACCCAAAAUCGUCUCCGGUGAUGCCGAUUUACCCAUCAGGGAUGAUCUGGGCGAGAGGAGGAGGAGGUUUGAGGUGAUGAGUCAAGGGCGAUCCAAGCACCGCGUGGAGGAGGACGAGGACGGCGAGGAGGAGGAGGAGAGGGGAAGAGGAGGGAAGAUUCGGCGGCGGGAGGAGGAUGACGUGUAUUUAGCUGCUAAGGAACAGAAGGAGCGGAAGAAGGCGGAGAAAGAGGCGAAGAAAUUGGCGGCAACAAGUGCAAUCUCUGCUGCUGCUGCCAGAGAAGAAGAGGGGGAUAUGGCAGAUGGGGAGAAGAGGAAUAUUACGAGGGAGAUGGAGACGAACAGGGGACUGACACCUUACAGAAAGAAGCUGACGAAGAAUCCUAGGAAGAAGUAUAAGGUGAAAUUCGAAAAGGCAGUGACCAGGCGCAAAGGACAGGUUAGGGAUGUCAAAACUGCGCCAGGACCUUAUGGGGGCGAAUCGACCGGAAUCAAGGCCGGAAUCAGCAGGAGUGUUCGGUUUCGGGGAUGAAAAGACGUUACGUCUUUCCCUUUAUGGCAACAACAUUUGGUUGUUUUUCUUUUCGCAGGAGCCCAUAGACGUAUACUACACGUUCACACGCACACGCAGACUAGGAGGCUGUCUGUCACAGCCACUGGUUUUAUUCCUUUUCAUCGCGCGGAGUUGCAAUUUACCUGCAUCACAACAACAACAACAACACAGAGGCUCCUUUGCACUCGCACACUCUGUGUGUGUGUGUGUGUGUGUGUGUGUGUGUGUGUGUGUGAGAGAGAGAGAGAGAGAGAGAGAGAGAGAGAGAGAGAGAGAGUUUUAAGGCCAAAUUUGGUGAAAUGAGAGAGAGGGAAAUCGGCGGAGUUUUUGCAAAUUUGGUGAAAAGAGAGAGAGGGAAAUCGGUGGAGUUUUUGCAAAUUUGGUGAAAAGAUAGAGAGAGGGAAAUCGGGAGUUUUGCAAAUUUGAGAGAGAGAGAGAGAGAGAGAGAGAGAGAGAGAGAGAGAGAGAGGGAGGUGGGCGGCGAGGGGUGCGAAAUCGGCGGAGUUGUGGUAAAUUUGGUGAAGAGUUAUUUUUUGGCCCAAGGUGUGCCGCCAUUGAUUUGUUUUUUGUUUUUUGGCUUCUCUUGCCGUUUCUUCUCUUCAUGGUCGAUUUUUCCUAGCGCAUGAGGUAUUCUCGCUUGCCUGGUCGUUGGUUUGGUGAGAUAGAGGCUGACCUUUGACAUAUACCUGAUUGAGAGAGCACCAAAGUCCUCAACCUUAGAGCAUUGGUCAUACUGCAUGCUGUUCCGUGCGGUGCCUACUAACCCUAGUUCUCUUCGUUAUUAGGUUGAUGAUGAAUUGAUGUGCGGGCUGCAGUGUAGCUGCGUGGCAUAUCUGCUGAGUUGUAAGGGAGCAAUUGUGAGACGAUUCCUUGUCCUAUAAGUCAGCCAACUGUUAUCUGAGGCUGAUGGUGGCUCUUUUCUUUUUCUCUUCGUCCUUUUCCUUUUUUCGACCUUUGUGCGUGCGUGUGUUUGUGUGUGUUGUAGUAGUACUGCAACCUCACCUGUGGUGCUAACUGUGAACAGAAUCACGUUCUGAGAGAAUGAUUUCGACAAGAAAUCCAACUGCCCUCUGAGGGUGACGCUCUCCAGAACAUGUGUGUGUGUGCGUGCAUGUGUGUGUACAUUAUCCAACUAUCCUCUGUGAUGCAAUCGCAGUUAUCGAUGAGCUCUUUGAAGC